UCUAUCGUUCUUAUCCCACUCCCAGAUGGCCAUUCCAGCUUCACUAAAUUCAAACAGAACUGACUUCUAAACAUCAAGGUAACAAUCUCCUUUGGCCUCUGAAACACACUGUAGAAUCAUCUGAAGAUGAUGCACACCACCUGUUUGAACUCAUCUGUAUCACUUAGGUGUAGGAGUUCCCGAUUCGAUGUUCCUACUUGCUUCUUGGAUGCUAGAUUCGAAACAAACCCGUUACUCUUUUCAACAUCAUUCGCUUCUUGUUGUUGUUGUAGUUGCUGCUGCUGUUGUGCUAAUAGUAAUACUAAUUCAAUUUAUAGUAGUUUACCCAGAAUUUACCCUAGCUUUUUGUGCAAUGGGUUAAGGCAAUCCACCUUGAUUCAGUUUUCACCUAGUAAAAGAUUGAUCUUUCAUGGUAGGAGGAGACAAUCUUGUAACGGUAAUUCUGCGUUUUCUUCGCUUACAGAUUCUGAUCGAAAUAAUUACUAUGAAAAACUCCAAUCUUUCAAGAGGGGGAAACAGGGUGGGUUGCGGAAGGGUAGGUAUGGGUGUUGGGCUCUUGAAGAUAAGAGGAAAGAACAGUUCUUUAGUAAUGAAAUUGAUGAUGAUCAUGUGGAUGAUGUUGAAAUUUUGCUUGAUUUGUUGACUGAGGAGGCGGGGUUGGAGUAUCUUGGUGUUAGAGAGCAAAAAAGGAUCGAGAAGAAGGAUCCUCGUUUUGCCACAAGUAAAACGAAAGUUGUGGGUUCUGUAAAGAGGGAUUUGAAGUGUGAUAAUAAAGUUGUAGAAGUUCGGUCUAGAAAGGAAGAAGAUAGGAGACUAAGCAAUGAGAGAAAGGAAGAAGAGAGGGGAACCUCUAUAAAAGGGGUGAAUCGUGAACGAAAGAAAGAAGGGUCGAGUAGCUCGUCUUAUUACUCUGUUUCGUCUACAGGUGAGUUUGAGAGUGAAAAUGAUGUUGAAGUAAAACAUGAUGGUUGUUUCGUUAGAGGGGAGUCUUCGAAUGAGUAUAAAGAUGAUCGGAAAAGGGAUGAUUAUAGAAGUUAUGAUGAGGAAAUUGAGGAAAAUGUCGACAGGCGGCAGGAGUUUGGUAAAGAAGAAAGCGAAAUCUUGAAGAAAAAUACUGCAUUAAAGUAUUAUGGGAAUGAAGAAUGGCGAAAGAAAUCUGAAAAGAAGCUUAACAUAGAGUCUAGUCAACACCAGUCACAUGUUUCUGUGAAUACUGAACGAAAUAGUCAACAACAUAGCAAAAAAGCUGAAACCGUGACCAAUCCAUCUCAAUCAAGAAUGAAGUAUACGGGACUGAUGGAAAAGCAAUACAGCGAUACUGAAAACAAUUUGAAUACAUCAGUUCAGGAGCUAGCAGGCGAACAUAGAGGGGAAACUGCUGAGAAUGUUAGUCGUCAAGAUGAGUACAGAAGGCAGUCAAAUGUGAUUUCAGAAUCAUCAGGAAUUCACAAAAUUAACAUGAGAGAGUCCUCUUCUUCUUCAACACUUGAAGCUAGAAUGAAGAACAGGAAGGAAAAUGUAACAGAAGUUAGUGGUCAGAUUGAAGAUCGAAGAGAAGAAAAAUUCGAGAGAAUGGACCAGUUGACUACAUUAAAAGACGCUAGAGUGAAAUCACAACAAAUUUCAGAUACCCAUAUCACCAAUACCAAAAACACUAGAGUUUCAAGUCAACAAUCUGACAUCAGAAGGCAAAAACAAGAAUUGCAUAUGGAGACUUCAAGUUCAUCACAUGAGGCUAGAAUGAAGAAUGGGGAAGAAAGUUCAACAGAAGUUAGUGGUCAGGUUGAAGAUCGAAGAGAAGAAAAACUCGAAAGAUUGGACCAGUUGACUACAUUAAGAGACUCUAGAGUGAAAUCGCAACAAAUUUCAGAAACUUCAGAUACCCGUGUCACUAAUACCAAAAACAGUAGAGUUUCAAGUAGACAAUCUGACAUCAAAAGGGAAAAACAAGAACUGCAUUUGGAGACUUCAGGUUCAUCACAUGAGGCUAGAAUAAAGAACUGGGAAGAAAAUUCUACAGAAGUUAGUGGUCAAGUCGAAGAUCGAAGAGAAGAAAAACUCCAGAGGAUGGACCAAUUGACUACAUUAAAAGACUCUGGAGUGCAAUCACUACAAAUUUCAGGAAUUUCAGAUACCCAUAUCGCUACUACCGAAAACACUAGAGUUUCAAGUCAACAAUCUGACAUCAGAAAUAAAAAACAAGAACUGCAUUUAGAUACUUCAAGUUCAGCAGAGAACGUGACCUCAUCUACAAGAACUGGUAGGAGAACAACUAAGGCUUCAAGUUUUCAUGUUGGCAUGCCGAAGGAGACAUCUAGUACCUACAAAGCUUUGAAAUUGAACCCUGAACCAAAUUUACAAGAAACUGGUGCUCAUGGUGCUGGUAAAAGUAGCUCUGAGAUUUCGAAACUGACCCACGAGCAUUCAUCUCAACGUUUUGAAACCAUCACUGAUGAACUCCAGGAGCAACCACCGAAGGGUUCCAGAGUCCAGCAGUCUGAGAUUUUAGGUGGGGAUAUAGGUGGUGAUUCUGUUAUGGAUCCUUCAAGCUUCAUCUCCCAUGAAGAUGCUAUUUCUUCAGCUGAUCAACAACAGAAAUCCUCGAGCCAUUUUGUGGGCGAAUUUGUUAAGAAGGCAAAACAUGAGCUUUCUACUUCAGAAGUUCUACAGGAGAAGAAAACCCAUGAAGAUGAAUUUGUGUAUGAAGAUGCUGAGCAACAUGAACUAAAGACUCCAGGUGAAGAUGGGUCGGGAAAUUCUGAUCAAAAGGAUGGAGGUAGGGGACCUUCUGAUGAGAUGUGGCAUGAAACUGGUACAUCCGUUCAGCAGCCUUCCGAAACAGAUGCACCUGAAAAUACUUCUUCAACUGGAAAUGGUGAAUCGGUCAAAAAGAGUGGUAGGUCGUUGUGGAAUGUUAUUGGAGAUGUGGUUCGACUGCGGUGGGUGGCCCCACGUUCUGAAACACAUACUUCAAAAUCAGGUGGUGGAAAGGCUUCAUCCAAUCAGUCUACCAGUAGUGAAGCAUGGUUUUCUGGUCAUGAACCGGAAGAAUCGAAUGAUGAUAACGUGAAAACAGGAAGUGCGAAAGGUCGAUCUCAAAGUAAAAAAGAAGUGUCCAACCCUUCGAGCUCCAAAGAUUCACCAUUAUUAUCAUCGUCAUCAUCAAAUGCUAAUCAGGGAUCUUCAUCUAAACACAUGUCUCCAUCCGUGAUUCGCAUGAGAAGGUCACCUGUUGUAAAGAGAACUUCAGUGACUGAUGAAACUGAUGCAUAUGGCAGUGGAGAAAUGGUGAAAACAGAGCAACCAGUUCCCAAAAUGACUGAAAUGCCACCAGCUGAUGCAUCUGGCAGUGGCAAAAUGGUAAUAGUGGAUCAUUCCAAGGAUGAAGAACUAAAACGAAGGAAACUUGCCCGGAUAGAUCAAGUCUCCAAAGAUAGAUUUGAUGAAUGGGAAGAGGCUUAUACCGUUGAAACCAAGCAACGUAAAAACGAUGAACUUUUUAUGAGGGAAGCAUUGUUGGAGGCUAAAAAGGCUGCUGAUUUCUGGGAGGUCCCUGUUGGGGCUGUUCUUGUGCAGGAUGGUAAAAUAAUUGCUCGUGGAUAUAACCUGGUAGAAGAGUUACGUGAUUCCACUGCCCAUGCUGAAAUGAUUUGUAUACGUGAGGCAUCCAACAACCUACGAUCAUGGAGACUUUCGGGUACAACACUUUAUGUUACACUUGAACCAUGUGCUAUGUGUGCUGGAGCGAUACUUCAAGCCCGGAUUGACACAGUUGUAUGGGGAGCUCCCAAUAAGCUACUUGGAGCCGAUGGUAGCUGGAUCAGACUGUUUCCUGAUGGAGAUGGAGGAAGUGGGUCGGAUAAGCCGGCUGCCCCUGUUCAUCCUUUCCACCCAAACAUGACGGUGAGAAGAGGGGUAUUAUCGUCAGAAUGUGCAGAGGUUAUGCAGCAGUUUUUCCAGUUAAGAAGAAAGAAGAAAGCCAAGAAAACUGAAGCUGAACCAGCAACUCCACCACCACCAUCUUCAUGUCUUCCCAUUACACAUCAUCAUCAUUCAAAGUUGUUCAGUAAGAUGCAUGAUGCCUUCAGCAUCAUGUUCUGUUUAUAGAUCAGAUACUUGUUCCUGAUUAGUCUUUCUUUACUAUAACGCCCGAAAUUUCUAUAAAUCGGGUGCCGUUACUUUAUAAUUAAAACUACCAAGUCUUGAAUGUAAGCUUGAAAUUUAACGUUAUUUAUAGC